AAAAAUUUCUUAGAAUUUCCACCUCGUGAAAUUAUCGGUUCAAAAGCUCAACAACAACAUUUAUCGAUUUCCGUUGAGGAUCAUUCUAGCACGGAACAAGACAGGAAACGUCGUAAAUUAGAUCAUUUGAUAGAUUCAACUGGUGAUGGAAGUGGAAGUUCUGGCUGUGGAGUUCGUCGAAGUUGGCAAUUUUUGGUGGAAAUUCCGGAAUUUAGUAGCAUCGAUUGGAAUAAUAUAGAUUUCAUAUUUAUUACUAAUUACAAUCAUAUGCAGGCUUUACCUUAUAUUACCGAAUAUACGGACUUCAAAGGAAAGAUUUACGCCACAGAACCAACUGUUCUUUUUGCACGACAGAUGAUGAAAGAAUUGGUGCAUUUCUUUGGCGAUAGUGCACUUCUAAGUCGAACUCAUUCUCAACCCGGAUCUACGAAUAUUUUCACGGGUGUUACUUCGGAUUGGAAUGUUGCACGAUCUUUAUAUUCAAUAGCGGACAUUCAAUCAUGUAUUGAUAAAGUGAGACCCGUAAGAUUUGGAGAGCAUUUGAUUGUCAUAAUAUCGUCAUCUUCCACGAUACCGAUACAUCCUUUACCUUUCGAUGAGGCAAUAUUUAAUGAUAAUGACGUUGUCAUCUUUAGUGACUUGCGUGAUGAGGAUAGCGUUAGAUUUGAAAACAUUCUUAUGGAAAUUGGACAAUGUGUUGCUAUGGGAUUUCGUGGUAUUCCGUUCUAUGCAGUAUCACCCAUAGCAGAAGAAUCACUAAAAUAUUCCAAUAUAUGUGGGGAAUGGUUAAUUAAUUUAAUCAUGAGACAACAAAAAAUGUAUCUACCAGAUGAUCCGAUGCCUCAUCAAGACAUGAUUGAACAAAUGACGUUAUAUAACGCAUCUAGGGCUGAUAGUACACUUCAAGAAAAAUACCAGGAGCCGUGUGUGAUCUUUGCUGGGCAUCCUUCAUUAC